AUGUGUACCCGUAAUAAGACUAAUAGGGAAGAGCUCCGUACGAGCCACACAGCAGGGAAACAAAGUUUUGCACAAGUACGGGAAAAUAAGCGUAAGGAGCACCCAGAUGGGGUGCCUCCCACUCGAUUGCAGCUUUAUAAGGUGACGCAUACUAGGAAGGAUGGAUCUCCUAUAAACGACAUAGUUGAGCAGAACAUGGAAAAAAUGGAUGCAGAACUAGAAAAGAAAUCAGCAGAAGAACAGAUGGACAAUGAUGUGCAUGAGGAUAUCUUCACUAAAGUAAUGGGCCCUGCAGGUCAUGGAUGGGUGCAUUUAAUGGGAAGAGGAGUAAGCCCAAAGGAUUGGCGCCAUUUAUCACAAGACAUUGCUGAAAUUCGUCGGGAGAAUGUCGAGUUACGGAGUGAGGUGAAAUAUCUGAGAGAGCAUAACACAAAGCAUGAAGAGCUAAUAUCUACAAUGCAAUCUCAGCUUAAUAUGCUAAUGCAAAUUGUGAUAGGGAAGCAACAAGACGGUGCUCAGAACAUAGAG